UAAUAAUAUUCACUCUUUUACGAAAGAGAAAGAGAGAUGGAUACUCAUGCUUCUUCAAAAUUGGGUCAUGUACUCAUGCUUCUUCUUCUUCUUAGCUUCCUCUUGCACCAUACCAAAUCUACUUUGCCUUCUGAUCAUGAAGAACUCUCAAUAACUGGGAGGAGAAUUAUGGCGUAUUACAAGCACGAUGGUGCCAUAGGAACACCACCAUCAAGAAGUGGACGAGGUGGUGGUCACGGGAAGAGAAUGAUGCCCUACUACAACCCAAAUGCUCCCACACAAACACCAACAUUGAGAAGUAGACGAGGUGGUGGUGGUCACAACGGGAGGAAACUGAUGGGUAUAUAUAGGCCAAAUGGAGACAUAUAUACAGGACCAUCAAACAGUGGACAUGGUGGUGGUCACAUUCAUCAACAUUCCUCUCCUUAGUUUUGGGGCAGUUUCCAAGUUUGGAAACUCAUCUAAUACCAAAAAUAAUAGAGAUGUGAAUGUAAUUUGUGUUUUAUGUGAUUCCAAGAACGGAGUGGAUAUGGUGGUGGUCACAUUCAUCAACAUUCCGAUCUCCUUAGUUUUACAAAACUGGAAGAAAUUAUGGUUGUUUGUCAGUUUGUGUACAAGUAGAAUUAUGGUCAAGUCAUUACGGGUGUGGUUUUUGUAAGUCGGUGAGAAUCGACUGUUGAAGAAUAAUUAAACAUGUGACUUAUUUACAUCUUCUCGUUAGCUGGCUACGUAAAACGAUUCGAUUCAUAA